AUCUCAGUGAGUUUGAAAAACAUAGUAAAGACCAUUGUAUGCUAUUUUGUGAUCAAUGCAAUAAGCAAUACUCAUCAAUCUCAGCACUGAAUAAACAUAUGAGAUAUCACACCGGGAAUGUAUUCAGUUGCCUGCAAUGUGAUAAAAAAUAUGCAACAAACUGUGACUUAGAAGCCCAUAUUAAAAGCCGGCAUUCGGAAACAGCGAAAUUUAGAGCGAUGCCUCUAAAUCUUACAACAGGACCUCCUUUCCAAUGUCCAGACUGCCCAAAAUCAUUUAGUCAAUUGGCAACGUUCAGGUCACAUUACAAGUGGCAUUCCAUGAAGGGAUUGGUUGCAUGUGAUCAAUGUGACAAGGAGUUUACAUUGAAAAGCAGACUUGAGCUCCAUAAAGAAUCUAACCAUGGUCCCACUAUAUACCACUGUUCAAAGUGUUGCAAGCACUUUUCAACAAAGAGGAAGUUAAAGAGACAUAUGAUGCAGGUGCAUAAAAUGAUUAUACCAGUUCCAAAUAUGCUUGACUAAAACACAUGCAUAGAAUCAAGAACCCCAAUCAGAUCAUAGCCUACAAGUACCAUGCUAUAUAUGUCUGUUUAUCAAGAUUGAAUGUAUGAAUACCAUCAUGUGUGUCUGUUGAACAAAACCAGACUAGCCUUCCAGUACCAUGAUGAGGUAUGUCUGUUUAUGAAGAUUGGAUGAGCCUACCAGUAUUGUGUCUGACCGUCUAACAAAACACAAUCAGGCAAGCCUACCAAAACCAGGACUUAGGAUGUCAAGCCUACCAAAUCUGAGUAUGUUUGUAAAACAAAUUCAGAUGAGCCUACCAAAACUGAGCAUGUUUGUAAAACGAAAACAGAUGAGUCUACCAAAACUGAGUAUUAGUACAUGUACAGGGGCGUAGCUAGCUUUCAGUCAGGGGGUGUGUGAUCGCCGAUAGAAUUAUGGUUUUCAGUCAGGGGGGUGUGAUUGUGGCAUAAACAAGCCAAAAAAAAUAAGAUUUAUCUUGAAU